UCUCUCGGAACUAAUGCUACAGGAGUUUGUUUUCGGGGGAGUCGUGACUUAGUGGGACCAGCUUGCCUGAUGCAGGUUGUAGGUUGCUGGAGGGUUGUGUCCAGCGCUGUCAUUUCGUUUAGUACAUUUAGGUUAUCUGCGUUGACUGAAAGGAUAAAGUGGAUUAACAUGAACACGUUAAACUAGUGCUACAGCCUGGUGAAAGAACUGUCCUGACGAGGAUUUCUUCUAGAUUUUGGAGGGAAUGUUACUGUCCUUCGCUCUCCAUGGGUGCUGUGUAAAGCACCAUAUACACCAAGCAUUUUGUAAUGCCCAGAAAUGUGUUAAAAGCCUGACUGUCAGAGGACUUGCAACCUCCAGCAAUCAGCUGUUUGUCAGGAGAACCUCUCAGCGCUUUGUCAGCCAGACACGAGGAGCUAAAACCCACAAGCAGAAGCAGCAGGAGGAAUGGAAGCGAAAAAACAAGACCAUCUUGACGUAUAUUGCAGCCGCUGGGGUUGGAAUGAUUGGCAUGUCAUAUGCUGCUGUGCCACUCUACAGACUGUACUGCCAGGCAUCUGGACUGGGAGGCACAGCAACAGCAGGACACGAUACAGAUUUAGUGGAGACGAUGAAACCGGUUAAGGACCGCAUUAUUAAAGUCACCUUUAAUGCUGACACACACGCCAGCCUCCAGUGGAAUUUUCGUCCUCAGCAGUCAGAAAUCUAUAUUGUGCCAGGAGAAACUGCACUGGCAUUUUACACAGCCCAGAAUCCCACCGAUAAACCUGUGAUAGGAAUCUCUACAUACAAUGUUGUGCCAUUUGAAGCUGGGCAAUACUUUAACAAGAUUCAGUGUUUCUGCUUUGAAGAACAGAGGUUAAACCCUCAUGAAGAGGUGGACAUGCCUGUUUUCUUUUACAUUGACCCAGAGUUUGAUGAAGAUCCCAGGAUGGCUCGAGUUGACACAAUUACACUUUCUUAUACCUUUUUCGAAGCCAAAGAAGGACAGAUAUUACCACUUCCUGGCUAUAGUUAAAAUGUAGCAGCAUGUGUUCUAUUGUUCAGAGACUUUCCUAAUAUUUCAAAUAAACUAUAAAGAGAGUGGUAUUUAUGGAAUGAUCAGCUGUUAAAUCCUUUUUUUUUUUUUUUUUUUUUUUAAAAACUACAUUUUUGUCAGUAUGUUUCCUGUGUUCAGGCUGACUCUAAUGCACCAUGAUAAUAUUAUGAUGCUCUACUUGAAUUACCACUGAAACGCUGUAAUGUAGAUGAUAUCUUCUACGGUGCAAUAAAUCAUCCAAGUACUGAAGUUUAUAUAAAUUGAAUGACUUAAUUCUGAAUACUA